AUGUCAAGAAUUCGCCAAGAAAUUCCGAGUGACACCAAGGAGCUCGAGGAAUUGCAACAGUGGCAGAUUGGGUUAUCAGGAAACAUUUUCUCGUCCAUUCCUAGACCGAACCAUGUGGCCAUCACCGUCUUAACCAAGGUCACCGCCGGCAGGCCACGCCACGCCCACACCAAUCGCGAUACAUAUCAGAACUCAUCAUCCAUGUCCAACUCACGGGGAUAAUAUGUCGGGAAAGAGGGAGCAGCCGUCCUCGCCAUUACAAGGAUAUCCCCUGGUGAACCUCGAUAUAGACGGAGGCUGGGUUGAGAUGUCUGUUGUUCUUUGACCCAACCUGUCAUCUCUUCAUCUUCAACUGCCUCGAGCUUGGGAGAAGGAGGAAGAGUAGAUGCACUGCGCCAAUUAGUCCAUAUGGGCGGUUUCGGCACACCUCUAAGGAAGCACCUCACCAUUCGUUAUCAUCCUCCACAUGGAAGCCUUCAUCAUCAGCACCAUCUGGCGACCGCGUCGUCUCAGGAUUCAUUGUCUGCUGGGCAUAGGAUGUCUCCUCUAGCUCAGCGGGUUCAGCCUCUUGUGGGUCGAGACGGUUCGUUGUCGAAUAUCGACGAUUCUGUUCGUUAUGGUGUGGUUUGGCAGUGGCAUCGUUGUCCUCAGAACUUGUAACCGAAAUAGGUUUGGGCGACACGUCAAGCUCCAUCAACCCCGUCUCAUGUUUAAGCGGCAUGGCGGCGAGAGUCAACAGCCUCUCGGUUGAGGAAAAAUCAGCGAUCCGAGAGAACUAGCGGGAUUCGACGACAACACAGAGGAGCCGCCCUUUAGGGCAGGGUGUCGGGACGAAGUUGGUGGGAAGUCAGGUUGGGAAAAGAGUAUACACCAGGAUCAUUCAACUUUUCUCCGACGUUGUUCUGAAAACCCGAUCGCCGCGGAGUAGAGGAGGGGCAGUUUUUCAUGUUGAGGAUGAAAGAAACGAGGAGCACGGGGGACCUUGAAGUAUAAACAACAAACUCGAAGGUCAAGCGACGUUGAAAAGUGGGCCAACACCGUUCCACGAACAACCCAUUGCUUCUCGGUUCAUCCAAAACAGACUGCUGCAAUAGGUAACCGAAUGAGAGGAGCAACACGAUACCUGCCGCCCUGGUUGGUCCAGAGUACUAGCUGCUACCAGCACCUGCACAUGCCCGCCUACUCUUGGUGUCUCUUGACUAUAUUGGGCGGGAUGCCUCAGUAUAUGGCGGUAUACCAAUAGGUUCAAGGGGAUUGUUUGGCGUCCAGUCGUUUGUUUCCGUCAUGCAUGCUCUGGGAUGCUUGAUCUCUCCCCACGAAUCAGCACCAAGGCCCGUACGAACGCGAUUAACAGCAAUUUUUGAAUCAAACUUGAAGGAAUAGUUCAGGAGGGCCUAUGUGGCAGCGGUUUGGGAAACCAAAGGAACAUCAUGGACAUGGUUCCAAACCUAGUGCAGUCCAGAUCAAUUGCAUAACCGACAUAGACCAACAGGUUUUCUUAAGCAGGGGGCGAUAUAUGCUACCUGGGAACGUAUGUGGCUAUGAAACAAGAACAACUCGAUGAUGGGAACCAUGCGGGCGUCUUCAGGCCUUAAAGGCUAGAAACUGGUGUCAAGGUGCGGCACAGUCAAGCCUUCUCUCACACUUUUCACAACCCAUGCCCGUCCAUCAAAACCGGAAUUCGCCUAGAUCGUUCUUUUUUCUGGGAGUGGUGUGGAGAGAGGUAGCACCCCGUAUCGCUGCGGUCGGGGUCAAGGGGAGGGUGACAGCAUACUCGGCUGGUUUGACGCCUGGGGGUUGCACUGACUUUGUCCCUGCAGCUUCUCUUCAACCAGACUUUGCUAGCACAGCUGACGGGAACUUCCUUACCCCGCCUCCUUUCAAAAUCUAGAAUGGAGCAUGGAGGCAUGGAACCAGGGAUUUCUGGAUGACGGGUGGAGAUGGGACGGUUGCUGUCAUACUAAGCGUAGAGUUUGUUGCUGGGUUUGGUUCACAAGGAUGGAUCCGGCCAGAGGCCCCUUACUGAUGCAGUGCACCAUCAAAAGGGUCUUGUGAGACCGUCGUUCCCUUGGCACCUGGAGACAAGGUUAUGACGUUAGGCACCAUAUCCGAGUCUCUGUUCUUUUGAGGAUGAAAUACGAUAGAACAUGGAUAUCGGCAGCCUUGUUUUUGACCUGGAUCGCGUGGUUGGUUUUCGGGCUGUUUACUGCCGCAGUGGUGGGAUUGCCUCGCCUGUGUGAAUGGCCGCAGAUGAUCGAGGCGCUGCUAUGCCAUAACCCGUGAUGAAAAAAGGAUGCCGGUUUGAUGCGGGGACUACUUGGGGGCAUGUUUGGGCAGCAAUAUGAGGCAGAUAGACCAUACGGAAGCACGCCGGGAUGCUACACUGCGCGAAAUAUCGAGUCCUUCACUUGGGGGUUCCGAGUUUCGAGGCCAGCCUUGUUUGGGCGUUGGAUGGACUAAGCUCCGCCACUAGCCAUCUCCGCACCCCUUCAAUUCCUUCCCAAUCAUUCUUGUGAGAGCGACUCAUGGGCUCAAUUGAACACCCUGACGGUCAAAUCUGGUUUGGUCCUUCGAGGGUCUGAAGACAGACACUGGGUGAUGGUUUCUUGAAUAGUACCUCAACUGUUGAUCCACAACUGGUCACACAAACAUUGGAAAUCAAUGAUACUCGACAGGUUCCGCACCUCGCCCACUCGAGGACCUAUUUUUAUAGGUGCCUGAUAUGCACGUUGCCGAGGGCAUCGAUGCCAUCACCCGUUCUUGUCCUUUCAUGGCCAGGCCAGGUGACACGCGCCCUUUGUGUGCUUUCCAUGACACUUCCAUCAGUGGCAGGUGAUUGUUGAUGUUAGAGAGCUCAUCCCUACCCAGCCGAGUAUUCUGGAAAUGGCCACGCGCCUUUCUUCCCCCACUUCUUCUGGAAGCAGAAUUUUGAUAUAUACUCGUG